AACCGUACUAAUAUUUCCUUAUAAACUACAUUGCCCUCUUGUGGAAGCUUCUACUUCUUCAGCCCUCUCAUUGUCUCAUGGAUCCAAUGAUUCGGUUUCUUCUCCUCCUCCUUGUCGGGUCUUCGUUCCCUCGCCGCUCUCUCACUCUUGCGGCCAAGCCGACUAAGCCCGCCUUGAGAACACGCACCUCUCAGAUCAGUGUAGUCGGAGUUGUGUACUGUGACGUCUGUCAGGCUAACACCUUCUCAAAGUACAGCUACUUCUUGCCAGGGGCGGAUGUGAACAUCCAGUGCAAACUCAAGGUAAGUGCGCCAAAGACCGCCGAGCGGAUCGACUUCUCAGUCAACAGAACAACAGAUAACUAUGGAGUGUAUAAGCUGGAGAUACCGAGUGUUGACGGGAUCGACUGUGUAGACGGCGCAGCAAUUGCUUCCAUGUGUGGGGCGAGUUUGAUCGGCAGCUCAUCUCCCGACUGCAAUGUUCCUGGUUUGAGGACCACAACAAAUGAGGUAUCUGUCAAGUCGAAACAGGACAACCUCUGUAUACUCAGCAUGGAUGCAUUGAGUUAUAGGCCGCCGAAGAAGAACACUACCUUGUGCGGGAAUCAGAAGCAAGAGUCUGCGGAUACACUGAACUCCUCAAAGUUCUUUCUCCCUUAUUUCCCACCAUAUAGAUUCCCCUGGCCUCCGAUCCCUCAAUUGCCGUUUCAUCCAGUGCCGCCUUUCCCAUCGAUUCCUUUCCCAUUCCCACCAUUUCCGUUCCCAAACUCACCACCUUCACUACCAUUCCCAUUCCCGACUCUUCCGCCUUUCCCUCCGAGCCCAUCCCUUCCCAGUCCAACCCCUCCGGCACCAGCAUUCAACCUGACAGACCCGAGAACAUGGUUCCCCAAUAUCCCCUUCUUCUCUCCUCCUCCACCACCGCCAUUCGACCUGAAGGACCCCAGAACUUGGCUACCUCAUUUUCCGCCAUAUUCUCCUCCCAGACCUGAGAAUCAAAAGCCAUAGAAUUUGAUAUUCGUAUAUAGUACCAUUCAUAAAUCGUGUGUAACUUGGACUUAUACAGCAUUUAAUUCCCUUCUACAAGAUGUUAUAUGUGGUGCAACUCCUGCUUCAUCCAAAGUAUAGGAUUUUUCUUUAUACAAUAAUUUUAUGUAGAUUUGGCUUGUAUUAAUAACAAUUAUAGUGGAACUAUAUUAAUGCAAGUUCAACCGCCAGCUUAAGACCA